GCAGGUUAGGCUGCGCGGUAGCGCAGAGGGUUUUCCUGUGCCGCCAUCUUGGCAGUGGCGCUGAGGAGGGAGGCGGGGGGCGGCUGUUGCCCGCGCCGGCCAUGGCAGCUACCGCCGCUAACCCGGAAAUGGCAUCAGAUGUUUCCUCACUGGGUGCAGCCGUCAGCUCCGGGAACCCUGGCCCUGGUGCACAAGCUGGAGGAGCCAUUGCUCAGAGAGCCAACAAGAGGCGUCCUGGGCUUGAUUUUGAUGAUGACGGAGAAGGGAACAGUAAAUUCCUCAGAUGCGACGAUGACCCGAUGCCAAACGAUAAGGAGAGAUUUGCCAGGUCUGAUGAUGAACAGAGUUCAGCGGAUAAGGAGAGACUUGCCAGGGAAAAUCACAGCGAGAUUGAACGUAGGCGAAGGAACAAGAUGACUGCCUACAUCACAGAGCUGUCAGACAUGGUGCCCACCUGCAGUGCCCUGGCCCGCAAACCAGACAAGCUCACCAUCUUGCGCAUGGCUGUCUCUCACAUGAAGUCCCUGCGUGGCACAGGCAACACCUCCACUGACGGCACCUACAAACCCUCCUUUCUCACUGACCAGGAACUCAAACACCUGAUCCUAGAGGCAGCCGACGGCUUUCUGUUCAUAGUGUCCUGUGAGACCGGGAGGGUGGUGUAUGUCUCCGAUUCCGUGACUCCCGUCCUGAACCAGCCGCAGUCGGAGUGGUUUGGCAGCACCCUCUAUGACCAGGUGCACCCGGACGACGUGGGCAAGCUGAGGGAGCAGCUGUCCACUUCGGAGAACGCGCUGACAGAAGGAACCAAACCCUGGUGCCUUUCUAACAAGGAUUCUGCAGCCCCCCCCGAGAUUGCAUCUAAAGGUCGCAUCCUAGAUUUAAAGACGGGGACUGUCAAGAAGGAAGGCCAGCAGUCCAUGAGGAUGUGCAUGGGUUCACGAAGAUCUUUCAUCUGUCGAAUGAGGUGUGGCAACAGCUCAGUGGAUCCGGUCUCUGUAAAUCGUCUCAGCUUUAUGAGGAAUCGCUGCAGGAAUGGCUUAGGUGCAGCAAAAGACGGCGAACCUCACUACGUUGUGGUGCACUGCACAGGCUACAUAAAGGCCUGGCCCCCUGCAGGUGUUUCGCUGCCUGAUGAUGACCCGGACGCUGGCCAGGACAGCAAGUUUUGCCUCGUGGCUAUUGGCAGGCUCCAGGUCACCAGCUCGCCCAACUGCACAGACAUGAACAACGUUUGUCAGCCAACAGAGUUCAUCUCCCGACACAACACCGAAGGCAUUUUCACCUUCAUCGAUCACCGCUGUGUGGCUACGGUUGGCUACCAGCCACAGGAACUUCUGGGGAAAGACAUUGUGGAUUUCUGCCACCCAGAAGACCAACAGCUUUUGCGGGACAGCUUUCAGCAGGUGGUGAAGUUAAAAGGCCAGGUUCUGUCAGUCAUGUUCCGAUUCCGAUCCAAAAACCGGGAAUGGCUCUGGAUGAGAACCAGCUCCUUUACCUUCCAGAACCCCUACUCGGAUGAAAUUGAGUACAUCAUCUGUACCAACACCAACGUCAAGAACUCGAGCCAGGAGUCUCGGCCUGCCCUGUCAAACUCAAUGCAGAGGCCCCAGCUGGGGCAGAGUGUCAGCCUUCCCCUGGAGAUGGGCACGGCACAGCUGCCCCCAAGGCAGCAGCAGCCGCCACAACAGACAGAGCUGGAAGUGGUCCCAGGAAGAGAGAGCCUGUCUGGUUACGACCACUCACAGGUUCCCGUCCAGGCUGUGAGCGCUGCCGGCCCGGAGCACAGCAAGCCCUUGGAGAAGGCAGAAAGUCUUUUUAACCAGGAGCGGGACCCAAGGUUCAGCGAAAUCUACAGCAGCAUCAGUACAGACCAGAACAAAGCCAUUCCUGCCAGCACGGUGCCCGCCAACCAGCCCCUCUUUACGCAGGGAAACACUUUCACCCCAUCGCGCCCUGCUGAGAACUUCAGGAGCAGCAGCAUGGUACCUCCUGUGAACAUUAUCCAGCAACAGCCGCCCUCGUCAGCGGGCCGGAUCUUAGCGCAGAUUUCCCGCCACCCCAACCCCGCUCAGGUCAGCGGAACCAACUGGGCUCCCGGGACGCGGCCAGCGUUCACGCCCCAGCAAGUGGCAUCCCAGACGGUGAAGAGUCGUCCCCCGUCCUUCGGCAUGGGGACUUUCCAAGGCACGCCGUCCUCCUUCAGCCCCAUGACAGCGCCUGCCUCUACGGCUUCCCCGACGGGGGCCGCUUACCCGAACCUUGCCAGCCGUGGCACGGGCUUCACCGCAGAGGCAGCGCAGACCCCCGCUCCGUUCCAGACACGGGCAGCCGAAGGUGUGGGGAUGUGGCCGCAGUGGCAAGGACAGCACCACGGCCCGGCAUCUGGGGAGCAGCACGUGCAGCAGCCGCAGCCAAACCAGCCUGAGGUCUUCUCAGACAUGCUGACGAUGCUGGGAGACCAAGGACCCAACUACAACAACGAAGAGUUCCCCGAGUUGAAUAUAUUCCCUUCUUUUUCAGAAUAAAAUAAGCCCUCGGGGAAGCAAAUCAUAGCUCUUAUAAUAUCCAUGUGUAAAGGAAAACACCUAAGUCUUUUUUUCAAAGACUGCUGAACUUUCUGAAUACUUCCUACCUUCUGGAGGUGAAACUCUGCCCGACAGCCCGGAGGAUGGACGUUGUGGUUUUGGGGCACCUCCUCUGUGUGGUGCUGGCAGCGGGGGACUGUUCGCCCGGAGGCUUCAGGACUCGAGUGCUGUGAGAGCGGCCGUGCCCGUUGACCAAAGGCCCCGUGUUUCCGGAGCCGCUCGUUCGCGGCUUUUUGUUCUACGCGCUGGCUUUGGUCGGAGGGAUUCCCGUCUGGAUUACAGACAGCCCCUCCAAACUCAUAAAGGUGGCUUUUACUGUUUUUAUUUCAAUCUUCUAUACCGUGACUCUUUUUUUUUUCUAUAAAACACAAAAGUAUUGUAACUUUUUAAAUAUUGGAAGAAACUCUUCCAAAGCGUUAACCCUGCAUAACGCAAUCCUGGAGGAUGCUUGCGUAAGAAUCCUUGUAAGCUGGUUUUCUCGCUGGAGGAAGCUCGGCCGUCUUUAUGGAGGGUUGUUACUGCGUCUCCAGUCCGGGGUGCUUUAUUUAGAGAUUCCCGUGUUGGCAGGCACAUCGGGGUGUGUUUGGAUGCCGUCUCUUCCGUGAACCGUGCAAUGAAACGGGGCUCUGUACUCGGUGUGACCUACAAACUCCCGUGGGGCCCAGUCCUUCGUGUGAAUGACGGGAUAGUUACGAGCCAUAAAAAUAUUAUGUAUGUAGCUUUGUUCUCGGUGCGGCAGUUUUGCAGCUGAUGGGUUUCCGUGCUGCCGUGAACCGAUGUUUCAACAGGCUUUUUUUUUUUUGUCAGCUUUUAUGGCGGGGGCGGGGGGGGGGAACCCGCUCUGCGCUGUCCAUGCAACUUUACCACAUCUAGAUGGAGUUCCUCGCCUUCGUUUUGGAGCCGGACGUCUGGUUUCCCGCACACAGAGGCCCUGGAUGUGUUCAGGGGCUUGCCGAGGAGGAGUUGUGGUUUUCACUACCUGCUCGGUGUUUGUUCUUACGCUCACCGUCUCCUUAAAGAGCAGCUCUCCGCAUAUGAUGACCCUGUUGCCAAAUCACGAAAUGGAGGAGAGCAGGAGAAGAUAGGGAACAGAAUGAUUUUUUUUUUUUAAAUAUAUAUAAUUUUUAAAUUUUAAACCUUGACUUUGAAUCUUCUGGCUUUUUCCUUUGGCGGGGGGAACAAACUUAUGGCAAACCUUAGCCUCCUCGGGGUGCGUAGGGGCUGGACGAGCAGUUGGAUUCCCCUGUGCUGGCAAGCCUUGCUCCAAUUUCAACAGGAGAAUUUGUUCCUUGCGGAGUUCGACUUGGAAGGAAACUUGGCACAAUUGCAACGGAGGAGGAACGCGAAGCUUUCCUGGAAGAGCCGGGGUUUUGUUUUGGAUGAAAUCUGGGUGUUUCUCCCUCCUCCCGGGCUGGCCGUGAGGGUCCUCGCCCGGCGCGGGGCGAGGGGGGGACGUGGCGGUUGGACUGACGCCCCUCGGUGCCGCAGCAAUGGGGGAGACCCUCGGGAGAGCGGAUUUUGGGGUCGUUCCUGGCAGACCGUGUCCGUGGGGGGAGGCUUUGAAACACGAGUGUGACUGUCGGGUUUCAGCGCUCGCAGGGGCCCACAGAGGAGCAGGAAGCUGUCGUUUGUUUGUUUUUUCUCUCCUGCUUUUGUUGGAAAAUUGAAGGGUUUUUUCUCACUUCAUGGACACCACUUCCAGAUUUACCUGUGGAAAGGUGGGAACCUCCUCUUUGGGAUCCACCCCCCGUCCUUUUACCCAGGGAAAACACUACCAGCAAUAACCCCGACGGGCCCCUCUUCAUCUGCGGCAGCCCCUCGUGUCCCGCGCUGGUCCCGCUGCCAGGCUGCGGAGGAGCUCUGUGGCGUGAAAUAACACGACGUCAACCGUGCCAGCGUCCUACCGCAGGACGAAGGGGGCAAAGGAGGAAGAAAAUUCCCGUUUCUACGGAAAUCGAGCCCUGGGGAACCCAGUUGUGGUGCAACUCCAGCUCUGACGCUCCGUCCCAGGGCAGCAGCGGGAGCCGGACUUGCCUUGUGGUGCUUCCACCCCCCCCAGCGCACCGGGACCAGGGAUGAAAAGCGGCAACUUCAGGUCUGCGACGCUGCUGUAGCCCCCGGAAAAUUCAAGCUGCUGGGGAAAAGAAACCAGCUGGAGCAGCCAGCAAAUGCCGAAGCUGUUGGGAAACGUUUAUUGCCUUCACGUGCAGUUUUUGAUAAUUGUAUUUUUCAAUGUGAGGGGGGAUUAUUUUAUCGUACAAUCGCUUGGGGCAGGCAGGAGCCAAACCUCCUCCUUGGGGGGGUGGGGGGCUUGUUUUGGGGCCAGGGCUCCCUCUUGUUGCAAGAGGUGCAGAUGAUUAUAUGUAGCAGAGAUUUUACAACAAGAUAUUUUCCCUUUUUCAAA